GACGCACUCGCUGAUGAGACUCCAGGUCCUGAAAGCUCCGGUUUUACACCGUUUAUCCUCAGAAGAGUCAAAUCUGCUGAUCUGAAGACAAAUUAGAAUAAAAUGCUUCGCUUUCUUCUGCUUCUGGGAUGUUUAGUGACACUUAAAGGGCAAAGUGCAGAUGCAGAAGGUGAAUUUGAUCACAAGCAGAUCUUGACCUCUCCAACAUGGAAGACGCGCAGACGCAACGCCUCAGACAGAGACCAACAGGCAAUGCGGCAUCCAGAUUCUGCUGAAAAACCUGCAGAUCCAUGUGCAAAAGUACCAUCAAUAACUACAAGUACAUCAUCAAAAUAUACUCAGAUGCCAUCAGCUGAAUUGCCACAAAGAGCAACCAGCGUCACAACCACUCUUCCGACAGCAGCAACUAAACCACAACACAUAACCGCUGCCUCAGGCACCCUUUCAAAAGCAGCAUCUAAACCACGACACACAACCGCUGCCUCAGCCACGAUUUCAAAAGCAGCAUCUAAACCACGACACUCAACCGCUGCCUCAGCCACGAUUUCAAAAGCAGCAUCUAAACCACGACACACAACCGCUGCCUCAGGCACCCUUUCAAAAGCAGCAUCUAAACCACGACACACAACCGCUGCCUCAGCCACGAUUUCAAAAGCAGCAUCUAAACCACGACACACAACCUCUGCCUCAGCCACGAUUUCAAAAGCAACAUCUAAACCACGACACUCAACCACCGCCUCAGCCACGAUUUCAAAAGCAGCAUCCAAACCACGACACACAACCACUGCCUCAGCCACGAUUUCAAAAGCAGCAUCUAAACCACAACACACAACCGCUGCCUCAGGUGCCCUUUCCACAGCACCAACUAGACCAACACAGUUAGCAACCUCUGCCUCAGGCACUCUUCCAACAGCAACAGUUGAACCUCCACAAACAGCAACUGCUGCCUCAGCCACCCUUCCAACAGCAACAGUUGAACCUCCACAAACAGCAAACACCAACACAAUCACCUUUCCAACAGCAACCACUGCCUCAGCCACCCUUCCAACAGCAACAGUUGAACCUCCACACACAGCAACUGCUGCCUCAGCCACCCUUCCAACAGCAACAGUUGAACCUCCACAAACAGCAACUGCUGCCUCAGCCACCCUUCCAACAGCAACAGUUGAACCUCCACAAACAGCAAUCACCAACACAAUCACCUUUCCAACAGCAACCACUGCUUCAGGCACCCUUCUGACAGCAAGAGAGGAACCUCCACACACAGUAACUGCUGCCUCAGCCACCCUUCCAACAGCAACAGUUGAACCUCCACAAACGGCAACCACCAACACAAUCACCUUUCCAACAGCAACCACUGCCUCAGGCACCCUUCUGACAGCAAGAGAUGAACCUCCACACACAGCAACUGCUGCCUCAGCCACCCUUCCAACAGCAACAGUUGAACCUCCACAAACGGCAACCACCAACACAAUCACCUUUCCAACAGCAACCACUGCCUCAGGCACCCUUCUGACAGCAAGAGAUGAACCUCCACACACAGCAACUGUUGCCUCAGCCACCCUUCCAACAGCAACAGCUGAACCUCCACAAACAGCAACUGCCAAAACAAUCACUUUUCCAACAGCAACCACUGCUUCAGGCACCCUUCUGACAGCAACAGUUGAACCUCCACAAACAGCAACUGCUGCCUCAGCCACCCUUCCAACAGCAACAGUUGAACCUCCACAAACGGCAACCACCAACACAAUCACCUUUCCAACAGCAACCACUGCCUCAGGCACCCUUCUGACAGCAAGAGAGGAACCUCCACACACAGCAACUGUUGCUCAAACGGCAACCACCAACACAAUCACCUUUCCAACAGCAACCACUGCCUCAGCCACCCUUCCAACAGCAACAGUUGAACCUCCACACACAGCAACUGCUGCCUCAGCCACCCUUCCAACAGCAACAGUUGAACCUCCACAAACAGCAAUCACCAACACAAUCACCUUUCCAACAGCAACCACUGCUUCAGGCACCCUUCUGACAGCAAGAGAGGAACCUCCACACACAGUAACUGCUGCCUCAGCCACCCUUCCAACAGCAACAGUUGAACCUCCACAAACGGCAACCACCAACACAAUCACCUUUCCAACAGCAACCACUGCCUCAGGCACCCUUCUGACAGCAACAGAUGAACCUCCACACACAGCAACUGCUGCCUCAGCCACCCUUCCAACAGCAACAGUUGAACCUCCACAAACAGCAACUGUCAAAACAAUCACCUUUCCAACAGCAACCACUGCUUCAGGCACCCUUCUGACAGCAACAGUUGAACCUCCACACCCAGCAACUGCUGCCUCAGCCACCCUUCCAACAGCAACAGUUGAACCUCCACAAACGGCAACCACCAACACAAUCACCUUUCCAACAGCAACCACUGCCUCAGGCACCCUUCUGACAGCAACAGUUGAACCUCCACAAACGGCAACCACCAACACAAUCACCUUUCCAACAGCAACCACUGCCUCAGGCACCCUUCUGACAGCAACAGAUGAACCUCCACACACAGCAACUGCUGCCUCAGCCACCCUUCCAACAGCAACAGUUGAACCUCCACAAACAGCAACUGCCAAAACAAUCACCUUUCCAACAGCAACCACUGCUUCAGGCACCCUUCUGACAGCAACAGUUGAACCUCCACACCCAGCAACUGCUGCCUCAGCCACCCUUCCAACAGCAACAGUUGAACCUCCACAAACGGCAACCACCAACACAAUCACCUUUCCAACAGCAACCACUGCCUCAGGCACCCUUCUGACAGCAACAGUUGAACCUCCACAAACAGCAAUCACCAACACAAUCACCUUUCCAACAGCAACCACUGCCUCAGGCACCCUUCUGACAGCAACAGAUGAACCUCCACACACAGCAACUGUUGCCUCAGCCACCCUUCCAACAGCAACAGUUGAACCUCCACAAACAGCAAACACCAACACAAUCACCUUUCCAACAGCAACCACUGCCUCAGGCACCCUUCUGACAGCAACAGCUGAACCUCCACACACAGCAACUGCUGCCUCAGCCACCCUUCCAACAGCAACAGUUGAACCUCCACAAACAGCAAACACCAACACAAUCACCUUUCCAACAGCAACCACUGCCUCAGGCACCCUUCUGACAGCAACAGCUGAACCUCCACACACAGCAACUGCUGCCUCAGCCACCCUUCCAACAGCAACAGUUGAACCUCCACAAACAGCAAACACCAACACAAUCACCUUUCCAACAGCAACCACUGCCUCAGGCACCCUUCUGACAGCAACAGUUGAACCUCCACACACAGCAACUGCUGCCUCAGCCACCCUUCCAACAGCAACAGUUGAACCUCCACACACAGCAACUGCUGCCUCAGCCACCCUUCCAACAACAACAGUUGAACCUCCACAAACAGCAAACACCAACACAAUCACCUUUCCAACAGCAACCACUGCCUCAGGCACCCUUCUGACAGCAACAGCUGAACUGCCACAAGCAAUUGGCACAACAUCCACCAUUCUGACAACAGUUGAACCACUACAAAAAACAACCACUACCACAACUAGCUCACCAACAACAACCACCACAACCACUUCAACAACCAGCAUAACCACUUCUCCAACAACAACUCCUACAACCACUUCUCCAAUAACCACAACUACAGCUCAGCUGCUUACAACACCUGCAGCUCAACUGACGUCAACUUCACCACCAAGAAAUUUUACUCCAGUUACAGCAGCAGUAGUUAAGAUGAGAUCAGUCACUGAACUGAGCAAUGAUGCAAUCAUUACCUUCAUAGAAGAGUUUGCCAGACAGAUUCAGGCCCGGGUUAAUGAAACCAUUAAGAUGACUGUGAAGAAGAUAACGAGAGUGACACCCUGAGGGUCUCUUGUGGCUCGUCUGCAUGUAUAACUGAGAAAAGCUUGAAUAAUUACUAAUAAGGUAUCACAGUUGCUCUGCAGAAGGGACUUUUGGGGUCGUCAGCCCAUUGUUCUGAGAACACCAGCAGCUUCUUUGUUUGAUGUGUCCGUCUCCUUUUCUCAGUGAGGUUCUUCUUG